AUGAAGUUUUCUACUGUUUUAUCCACUGUUGCCUUAGCUGCCACUGCCGUUUCCGCUGCUCCUAUCUCAAGAGCUUCUAAUGAAACUGUUGAAUCUGUUGAAUCCGGUUUAAAUGUACCAGCUGAAGCUGUCCUUGGUUACUUGGACUUUGGUGAAAAAGAUGAUGUCGCUAUGUUACCUUUCUCAAAUGGUACCUCCAAUGGUUUAUUAUUUGUUAACACUACCAUUUACGACGCCGCCUUCGCUGACUCAGAUGAUGAAUCUGCCUCUUUAGCUAAGAGAGACGCUGAAGCUUGGCACUGGUUGAGACUAAGAUAUGGUGAACCAAUCUACAAAAGAGAAGACUCUGAAGGUGUUGAAAAGAGAGAAGCCGCUGCUGAACCAUGGCACUGGUUGAGAUUGAGAUACGGUGAACCAAUCUACAAGAGAGAGGAUUCCGAAUCUGUUGAAAAGAGAGAAGCUGCUGCUGAACCAUGGCACUGGUUGAGAUUAAGAUACGGUGAACCAAUCUACAAGAGAGAAGACUCCGAAUCUGUUGAAAAAAGAGAAGCUAAUGCUGAUGCUGACGCUUGGCACUGGUUGAGAUUGAGAUACGGUGAACCAAUUUACUAA